GGGGGGGGAAGGGAGAGCGGGGCCGGGCCGGGCCGAGCCGCCGGGUCCCGUCCCCGUCCCGCGUCCCCGUCCCGCCGCCAUGACGCUCGCCGUCUUCUUCGGGUGCACCUUCAUCGCCUUCGGGCCGGCACUCGGCCUCUUCCUGUUCACCAUCGCCCGCGACCCGCUGCGCAUCAUCAUCCUCAUCGCCGGGGCUUUCUUCUGGCUGGUGUCGCUGCUGCUCUCCUCCCUCAUCUGGUUUAUCGCGGUUAAGGCCAGCGAUCCCCGGGAUGAGGCGUUGCAGAAGGGGCUCUUGAUAUUUGGGGUGAUGUUCUCUGUGCUGCUGCAGGAGGCCUUCCGAUUCCUCUACUACAAGCUCCUCAGGAAGGCCAUCGAAGGGCUGGUGGCCCUCAGCGAGGACGGCUGCUCCCCCAUUUCCAUCCAGCAAAUGGCGUAUGUGGCUGGUGUGGGCUUCGGGCUCAUGAGCGGCGCUUUCUCCAUGAUCAAUCUUCUGGCAGACUCGUUAGGGCCCGGCACUGUGGGCAUCCAUGGGGAUUCACAGCUCUACUUCCUGACCUCAGCUUUUAUGACCAUGGUGCUGAUUUUCCUUCACACCUUCUGGGGGAUCCUCUUCUUCCACGGCUGCGAGCACCGGCGCUGGUGGGAGAUCGCGGCGGUGGUGGUCAUGCACCUCGCCGUUUCGGGGUCGACGUUUUGGAACCCCCUGUACGUGGGCAGCCUGGUGCCCUCCUACCUGCUGAUGGCUGCUGCCGCCACCUGGGCUUACCUGCUCUCGGGGGGAUCUGCUCAGAACCUGCGGCGCUUCCUGCUCUGUCUACGGAGCGGAGCCAGCCCCCAGCCAGGAUCCUGAGUCCCCAAGGGAUGUUCCUGUCCCCGGCCACCCCUACCCUCCCCUCCAUCCUGACGGCAAGAGCAGCCGUCACCUUCUCUGCAAUAUCUUCUCUCCUGGACUGGGGGACCCCGGCCAGUGGCAGCUGGCUGACUGGUGUGGCUGGGGCUGGCUUGAUCUGACACCUUUUUAGGAGCCCCUGGAGAACAGCUUUGGGGGACCCAGUUUUGCUGACCCCACUGUGAGUGGGGCCCCAGCCUGGGAAGGAUGCUACCUUGGACUGCUGGAGACCUGAGCCCAAAGAAACCCUUUGCUUCUCCCCCCGCCGCAAAAGAUGCGCUGUCCCUUGUGCCGGUGCCAGGGGGGUGUGCAUCAUCUCCUCAACGAAGGGUGGAGGAAGCAGCUUUGCAAAGAACUGACCGCUGUGGCGCUACUUUUUCUGCCAUUUGCCCAGCCUCGCUGCCCUGGGAGCUGCAGCCCCGGAGCUGGACUGCGGUAGCCACAGUGAGCCAGAAUCCUGGCGCAGGGAGGAUGGUACUGGGGUGACCCGAGGGGCCUGAGAGCACCCUGGACAGGAGGAGGGUGGGUAAAAGAUGGUACCCAAAGAGCCCAGCGGACAUGGAGGGUGGUGGAAGCCUCAGGAGGAGAUGCAACCCCGCAGCUGGUACCGGCACAUCUCAGGGAGGGGGUUCAAGGGGCCAUUCCAGUGGACCAUUGACCUCUUCUGCACUUGGAUGGGGAUUUUCAGGCGGGCACCAGCCCUGAUGCUGCGCCACAGGGCUGGGAGGGAGAAACUGCCAUCGGGCUCAGGGCUGAGAAGGCAGUUUUAUCCAUAAUGGGCUUUUAUACCAAUAAAAAGAAGUACCACAGACGA